UUUCGGCUAAUAGUAAUGCCUUGUUCCACCUCUGGCUUCUUGGAACACUUCAAAAGGGGAGUUCACAGUUGGACAGGAGCCUUGGAAGAGGAUCAGGUAGCACGAUGUUUCCACUGGUAAUUCUGCUGCUGCCAAGUUUGGCUUCUGCUGCACAGAGAUGUCCAGAUGGAGGUUCUUGCCCAAAUGAGUCAACAUGUUGUAAACUUCAAACUGGUAAUUAUGGCUGCUGUCCUUUGGAAGAGACUGUCUGUUGCUUCCAUGGUCUAAGCUGCUGCCCUGCAGACUACAAACGUGAUAUCACUCCAUCAUUUGCAGCUUUGAAAGAUCUCAGCAAUCCAGUGGAAGGUGAAACACUAAAAAAGAUGGAAGUUCAGAGCAACAGCGUCAGCAAUGACCCAUCCAGAAUUUACUGUGAUAAUGUAAAUUUCUGUCCAGAUGGACAUACAUGCUGUAGAUUACAGGAUGGAAACUGGGGAUGUUGUCCACAUCCUGAGGCUGAAUGUUGUAAGGAUGGUGCACACUGCUGCCCUCGUGGCACCAAGUGUGACACUGAAAGUUCUAAGUGUCACAUGGAUAGCAUCAGCAUCCCGUGGCUCGCCAAGAAACCUGCAUUGACAGUAUCGGAAGCUCAACAGAACUGUAACAGCAGCAGUUGUCCAGUGGUUCAAUGUGACGAUACACAUGUGUGCAAAGCUGGAAGUACAUGCUGCAAAAUGGCUAACCAUCAAUGGGGGUGUUGCCCGUACCCUAAGGCUCACUGUUGUUGGGAUGGGAAACACUGCUGCCCCAGGUUCCACUGGUGUGAUAACAGAAGAAAUCUCUGCAGAAGGUGGUGGCUGCCACAUGACUGGAGUCAGCUUUCAUCAAUUAAAUAUGGUGAAGAAUCUGAAAAUUUUUAAAGCCACCGUGACCAGUUGACGCUCCACAUUUCAUUUCAUGAAGGAGAUGGGCUUUUAUUGCCCUGCAGCUAUAAAAUGGGCUGGCGGCUAGAAUCCACGGAUUUAGUUCCCUUGCUUAUUGUUCUUUGCCUUACAUUUCUAUCAAUCAAGUUUUAAAAUAUCCAGCUUAUUAAAUUUGCCAGUAAUGCUUCUUUAGAAUAUUUUUUCUUGAGGAACUUAAUCAGAUUAUCAAAUUUCUGACGAUUUUGCGAUACGAUAAUUCUUCACAGUUCUAGCUGCACACACCUGUAUCAUACUAAUUGCUAUUAAACAAGAACUGAAAAUAUGACAGUGGUUCAACUAUUAAGUUGGGUUUAAUUAUUAAGUUCAUUAAAUGCUUUUAUGUGCAAUUGAAGACAAAAGA